AUGUUUAACUUAAAAAAAAAUCAGAUAUUGUUAUUAAAUUAUAUAAAAAUAUAUAAAAGGAAUUAUUCUUUAAGUAAAAAUAAUUAUGAAUUAUCUUUUGAAAAAGAGGAGGUAUCUUUAGUAAAUAAAAAAAAAAAAAACAUAUAUAAAAAAUCUAUAUUUUAUGAGGAACUAAGUGAUAAAAAUAAUAUAGAAAAUAAUAUAAAUAUAUUAAAAAUAAUAAAAAAUAGCAAAAUAGAAAAUUUUAGUAUUUAUGAUUCCACACUUAUUUUAAAUUAUUUAAUAAAAAAUAAAAAGAAUAAAGAAUUUAGUAAUGAAUUAAAAAAUAUUAAUAAAGUGAAGUUAAGUUCAACUUUGUAUAAAGAUGCUAUUUCUAAAGUUUUAAAAAAUAUUUUAGAAUACAAUCCAAAGCACAUUUACUUUUUCUUUAAUAAGUUUUCCGAUUUGAGAGAUUUAAAUUCUAUAGAAAUUAUAUUUUUACAUAUUUUUAAUAAUCAUUUACUUUAUUUUUCUUUAUAUUAUUUGACUGAAAUUACUUAUAACAUUGCUAUAUUAAAUUGUAAUUUUAAGAAAGCUGGACCAAUUUUAAAUGAGUUCUUAGAUUAUAUUGUCUUAACUACUAUAAAAGAGAAUAAAAAUAUAAAAAAUUUUGAAAAGAAAAUAACUAAUAUAAUAACUACAAAAGGUAUUAAUGAUAAAAAAGCAAUUUACAUAAAAAGUUUUAAAAAUAGAAUCCGUAUUAAAGGUAAUAAUGAUGUUAGUAAUAAUAUAAUUAUACAUGACUCAAAAAGAGAAGAAAUGCAUAAUCAGGAAAAAACAAAAUCAAAUAAAAAAAAGUCAAAAUUUAGCAUUGACUCAUUAUCUAAUGUUAUGUUAUAUAAAUUAAUUUAUAGUUUGGCAAAAAUAAAUCAUAAUAAAGAUUUAAUUAAGGAAUUAUUUGUUUUGUUAAUUCCUUAUAUUAGAUAUAUAAUACAGAACAAAAAUUAUGUAUAUUCAAAGGAUAGAAACGAUAUAUUAGUUAAAAUUAUUUGGUCCUUUUCAUUUUUACAUAUAAGAGAUAUUAAUUUAUUUGUUGAUUUUUCUUUGUGUAUUCAAAUUAUUAUUCAUGAAUUAAGUUUGAAAUAUUUAAAAAUUUUAAGAAAUAUUUAUGAAAAUUUACUAAUAUUUGAUGAAUUAUUGUUAGACAAAUUAGAAGACAGAAUUAAUCAAAUUGAAAAAGAUUCUCCACCAUCUCAUUCUCAACCAAGAAAAAAACAAUUUAAAAAAAAAAAAAAGAGAAUUGAAAUUACUGAUGAAAUAAAAUUUAAAUUAAAAAAAUAA